AGAUCUGCUAUUAGUAAGCCCAUAUCUGACCAGGGUUUGGGUCAGUUCCAAUGCAAUUCAGUCUAGUCAGAGAUGCAGUGAACCAAAUGGGUCGUUGUGUCUUUCUGUUCCUGCUGCUACAGACCCUGCAGACAUUGGCCGAAGAUGGCCAGUUGCUGUGCGUGUGUGAGGGCAGCGGCUGCCUCAACUCCCCCCAGUGCGAGGGCUCUCAGUGCUACUCGUCGGUGGCGGUCAGUAGCCAUGGGGCCGUAGUAACACGGGGCUGCCUGCAGGGAUCAGAGAAGACCCGUUUGAUCUGUUCUACGUCCUCCUCCCUCAGCCAUGCCCUGCUCUGCUGCUCCAGCUUCAUGUGCAACCGCAAUACUACCGCCAGCUCACUACUGCCCCUCCUCACUACAGCUCCUGAAGAAGAGCCUGUGAGGUAUCGUGUGGAGACUCUGGCCCUGUUUGUAUUGGGUCCCGCAGUGAUCCUAACCCUCCUGUCAGUCCUAUCUGUGUUGGGCUGCAGGAGGCUGCACCACGGCAGGCUACAGCGACUACAGGAGUUUGACCCAGAACAGGAUGCGAUUGACGGACUCAUCACCUCUAAUGUUCGGGACAGCACUCUGGCUGAGCUGUUGGACCACUCCUGUACGUCAGGCAGUGGUUCAGGCCUGCCCUUCCUGGUCCAGAGAACUGUGGCCAGACAGAUCAGCCUGAUGGAGUGUGUAGGUAAGGGGCGUUAUGGAGAGGUCUGGAGGGGUCAGUGGCAGGGGGAGAACGUGGCUGUGAAAAUCUUCUCCUCCCGAGACGAGAGGUCGUGGUUCAGAGAGACUGAGAUCUACAACACAGUGCUACUGAGACACGAGAACAUACUGGGCUUCAUGGCGUCAGAUAUGACGUCUCGGAACUCCAGCACCCAGCUCUGGCUUAUCACACAUUACCAUGACAACGGCUCGCUCUACGACUACCUCCAGAGGGUUCCCGUGGAGACGGGGGAGGGCCUAGCGAUGGCGACGUCGGUGGCGUGCGGUUUGGUGCACCUGCACACGGAGAUCUUCGGCACCGAGGGGAAGCCGGCCAUCGCUCACCGAGACCUGAAGAGCAAGAAUAUACUGGUGACCAAGGAGCUACGCUGUUGCAUAGCUGAUCUGGGCCUGGCAGUAACCCACUCCCAGUCAGACAACCAGCUGGAUGUAGGAAACAACCCCAAGGUGGGCACCAAGCGCUACAUGGCUCCUGAGGUGUUGGAUGAGUCCAUCCAGACAGACUGUUUUGAUGCCUAUAAGAGAGUGGACAUCUGGGCCUUCGGUCUGGUGCUGUGGGAGAUCGCUAGUAGAACCUACAGCAACGGUAUUGUGGAGGAGUACAAGCCUCCGUUCUAUGACCAGGUGCCUAACGACCCCAGCUUUGAGGACAUGAGGAAGGUAGUGUGUGUGGAACAACAACGACCGUUCAUCCCCAACCGCUGGUUCUCCGACCCUACACUGUCUGCCCUGGUGAAACUGAUGAAGGAGUGUUGGUACCAGAACCCCUCGGCUCGCCUCACAGCCCUACGCAUCAAAAAGACCCUGAACAAGAUCCAUAGCUCCCUGGAGAAAGGAAAGAAGUCGUGAGGAAAGGAAAGAAGUCGUGAGGAAAGGAAAGAGGAGGAGA